UUUGAUCCUCUUUUAUGUUUCAAGUUCCAAUCAUUUGUUGAAGGUGAUUGGACCCAUAUCCUCUCCUUCAAAGUCAAUGUUCAAGAUCCCAUCUGUGACCCAUCAGCCCACGUGCUACACGUGAGAAGUAAUCCUAUCCUCUCCAUUCUCCACUACAAAAACACACAAGCUUGCUAUAGGCUUGCUCUGUUAUUCGGAACUCUCAGUGCCUUAAAUUCGCAUCGCCAUGGAUGACCAGCAAGUUGGAAGCAAGAUUUUGAUGUUUCCAUGGCUUGGCUAUGGCCAUCUCUGUGCUUACUUGGAGUUAGCCAAAGCUCUCUCUACCAGAAAUAACUUCCAUAUCUACUUCUGUUCAACCCCUGUUAAUCUCGACUCCAUUAAACCAAAGCUAAUUCCUUCAUCUUCCAUUGAAUUUGUGGAGCUUCAUCUCCCUUCUUCUCCUGAAUUUCCUCCCCAUCUUCAUGCAGCCAACGCCCUUCCCCCUCACCUUGGGCUCACUCUCCAUCAAGCCUUCGCUGCGGCUGCCCCACGCUUUGAGGCAAUUUUACAAACACUUUCUCCCCAUCUCCUCAUUUAUGACUCUCUCCAGUCUUGGGCUCCUCAAAUAGCUUCCUCCCUCAAGAUCCCCGCCAUCAACUUCAACACCUCUGGUGCUUUCAUUAUUUCCCAUGGCUUCCACUCCAUUCACUACCCCAAUUCUAAACUCCCAUUCUCAGAUUUUGUUCUUCACAAUCAUUGGAAAGCCAAGUUAAACCCUGACGCUUCAGAACUUGCCCGCAGCGUCAGAGAAGCCUUUUUCUAUUGCUUCAAUGCAUCUUGUGACGUAAUUCUGAUCAAUAGCUUCAGGGAGGUGGAGGGGGAAUAUAUGGAUUAUGUCUCCCUUCUGUCGAAGAAGAAAGUAAUCCCAGUUGGGCCUUUGGUGUACGAACCGAAUGACGAGGAGGAAGAUGAAGAUUAUUCGAGAAUCAAGAAUUGGCUGGACAAAAAGGAAGCUCUGUCUACGGUUCUGGUGUCAUUCGGAAGUGAAAGGUACGCGUCGGAGGAAGAAAUGGAAGAAAUAGGAAAAGGGUUAGAGGAGAGUGAGGCGAAUUUCAUAUGGGUGGAAAGGAUUAAUCCAAAAGAAGAUGAAGAAGAAAAGAGAAGGGGAUUUGUGGAGAGGGCUGGAGAAAAGGCGAUGGUAGUGAAAGGAUGGGCUCCACAGGGGAAGAUACUGAAGCAUGGGAGCAUUGGGGGAUUUGUGAGCCACUGUGGAUGGAACUCUGUGUUAGAGAGCAUCGUGUUUGGAGUACCCAUAAUUGGAGUUCCGGUGUCUUGGGACCAACCCUUUAAUGCCAGAGUGGUGGAAGAAGCAGGGGUGGGGGUAGAGGCCAAGCGAGAUCCCGACGGCAAAAUUCAAAGACAAGAACUCGCAAAGCUAAUCAAAGAAGUAGUGGUUGAGAAAACCAGAGAAGAGUUGAGGAUGAAAGUAAGAGAAAUGAGUGAGAUUUUGAACAAAACAGGCGAUGAGAAGAUUGAGAACAUGGUAGCUCAAAUCUCUCACUUGACCAAUAUUUAACGAACAUCAAUAUUAGGAAAGAAUUUCUUAGAAAAAAAUUUAGCUCUUCGCCUGCACCAGCUAUCCAAUAAAUUUUUAAAAAUAUUUUUCAGUUCAAUCAUUAACACAAUAAAAGAUACUUAAAAAAGGAAAGAAUUUUCACUUGUUGAA